CGCGCCGGCGGAUUUUGCACCUCGCCUUGUGCCUAGCGGGCUCUUUUCUGCAACGGAGAAUAAACAGCUUGUCCUCUAGGAGGUCCCUGCUGCAGGAUGAAUUAGGAAGGGAAGGACUCAUCCUUCGAACGAUGGAGACAAGGGCGUCUUUCAUCGCCAGCAUGCAGGAGACCCAGCAGCUCUCCCCCCAGAAGGGCCAGAGCCCAGCCAACGGCGACAGGGAGCAGUUUGAUUCAGAUGAUGGCUCGAGCAUUGAGGACACAGACUUCAACUGGGAUGAAUUCCUGGAGGAAACCGGGGCCAAUGCUGCUCCCCACACCUCAUUCAAACACGUUGAAAUCAGCCUUCAAAGCAGUUUCCAGCCAGGAAUGAAAUUAGAAGUGGCCAACAAGAGCAAUCCAGACACGUAUUGGGUAGCUACGAUCAUUACAACAUGUGGACAGCUCUUACUGCUUCGUUACUGCGGCUAUGGAGAGGACCGCAGGGCAGAUUUCUGGUGCGACGUGAUGACAGCAGAUCUUCACCCCGUUGGCUGGUGUACGCAGAAUAACAAGGUCCUGAUGCCUCCAGAUGCAAUCAAAGAGAAAUAUGUGGACUGGACGGAGUUUCUCAUACAUGAUUUGACAGGCGCCCGGACUGCACCUGCGAAUUUACUGGAAGGCCCUCUGCGAGGAAAAAACCCUGUAGACCUCAUUACAGUUGAUUCCUUAAUAGAGCUGCAGGAUUCCCAGAAUCCCUGUCAGUACUGGAUAGUUAGUGUGGUUGAAAAUGUUGGAGGAAGAUUACGCCUUCGCUAUGUGGGAUUGGAGGAGACUGAAUCCUAUGACCAGUGGUUGUUUUACUUGGAUUGCAGACUUCGACCAGUCGGUUGGUGUCAAGAGAAUAAAUACAGAAUGGACCCACCUGCAGAUAUCUAUUCUCUGAAGACUAUAUCUGAGUGGAAAUGCGCUCUGGAAAAAUCCCUUAAUGAUGCAGCAAAUUUUCCUCUUCUCCAUCUCUUCUUUCAGGACCAUGCUGAUUUGAGAAGCCACUUCUUCACCGUGGGAAUGAAGCUGGAGGCGGUGAAUAUGAGAGAGCCAUUUAAUAUCUGUCCUGCAUCAGUGACCAAGGUUUUUAACAAUCAUUAUUUUCAAGUGACCAUUGAUGACUUGCGAUCUGAACCUAGCAAAAUCUCCAUGCUUUGCCAUGCGGAUUCCUUAGGGAUCUUGCCAAUACAGUGGUGCCUUAAAAAUGGAGUCAAUCUCACACCUCCCAAGGGUUAUUCCGGCCAGGACUUUGACUGGGCAGAUUACCAGAAGCAGUGUGGAGCGGAGGCAGCGCCGCAGCUCUGCUUUCGAAAU